GACGGACCCGCACUGCCGAGAGGAAAUGCCUCCUGGCAACUGGCAGGAAGAGAGGGCCACCAACGCCCUGGACGAGGUGCCGAGUCCGGAGAUGGGCUCGGAGGGCUUCUUCUUCCGGCACGGGCACCGGGGGCUGCUCUCCCUCCGCUUUGGGGCCGGGAUGCCCAGCAGCACCACCACCCACGACGCCUUCCGCACCCCCCAGCGCACGGGGCUCCCCGUCAGAGGGCAGCGCGAGGCCAUGUUGGAGUGGAUUCUCUACCAGAAAUACAGCAAAGAGGUCUUUGCGGAGCAGGUGCACCCACCCCGGGGCCCCAUGGAGUCCGAGUCCGUCAUGCACCAGGACUUCUGCCGGAAGGACUUUGUCUCCGUGCCCCCGGCCCCCACCAAGCCUCACGACUACCGCCUGGAGCAGCCACAGACCUUCUGGCUGGAGCAUGCGCAGCAGGUGCCGGGCGUCUCCUGCAUCCGGAUGGCGGACUCCCCGUUCAGGAAGUGCGCAGCCUUCACCACCCCGGCCCCCGAGUACCUGGAGCAGCCCUACAACCAGGAGACCUACCCAGAGUUCUAGCCACAUUAAAGGGACAGUGGCCCUUGCCCACAA